AUGGACGCCAGUGCCCCCCUCAAUGCCGUCAGCUCUCGGGACCUUGCUGCACCGGACUGCGAAAGCGGGAGGCUCGAUGACGAAUCCUUCAAUGUUGGCCACGACGCGUUGCCCGUCGCUGAGAAUCAGGGGCAUCAGAGUUGCGGGGAGCUCUGUGUGCGCCAUUCCAAGCGGACGCUGCAGCAGAGGUGGCGGCUGCUGGUGCCGAUUGCGGUGGGGGUGGGGAUUUAUGCGAUUCCACGGCCCGCGGGAAUAGAUCAUGACGGAUGGAGCUUGGUGGCUAUUUUCAUCGGCACGAUUGUUGGGAUUCUUUUGCAAACACUUCCUGCUGGAGCAUGUGCCAUUAUUGGUGCAUCCAUGGCUGUGCUCACGGGGACACUGAAAUUCAGCGAAGCCUUCAAUGGAUUCAGUCAGCAGGCUCCUUGGAUCAUAGCCAUUGCUAUCUUCCUUGCUACUGGAAUAAACAAGACAAAGCUUGGAGAACGUAUCGCAUGUGCUGUGGUGCACAUUUUUGGAUCUACCACAUUGGGCCUCACCUACAGUUUGGUUAUCAGUGAAUUUCUUCUUGGACCUGCCAUCCCAAGUGUCGCUGCCCGGUCAGGGGCCAUCGUGCUGCCCAUCAUUCGGUCCCUGGCAGAGGUAUGCGGCAGCAAGCCAGGUGAUGGAACGGAGCGGCAGCUGGGGGCCUACCUAAUGGUUACUUGCUUUCAGACUGCUGCCGUGACAUGUGCGACUUUCCUCACUGGAAGCCAUCCCAACCCCCUGAGUGCUGCCCUCGCUGAGGAGGAAACUGGCAAGGAGUUGAGCUGGCUGCUGUGGACCAAAGGUGCCAUCGUUCCCGCAUUAGUGGACAUUUUCCUCAUUCCACUUGUCAUCUGGCUUGUGUAUCCACCGCGUAUGAGGGACACAACUCAGGCCAAAACCUUGGCGAGCGCUAAAUUGCGCUCGAUGGGUCCCAUGAAGCGGGGAGAGUGGACAAUGCUGGCGGCCAUGCUCAUCACUGUUGCCCUGUGGCUUGCCGGGCCGUCGAUCGGCGUCAGCACUGUCGUGGCUGGAUCUAUUGGCUUGAUGAUCGUACUGGUGCUGGAGGUGAUUGAGUGGGAGGACUGCCUUGCAACCAAGAUGGCAUGGGAUACAAUGACGUGGCUCAGCAUACUUAUGGCCAUGGCCAACCAACUCAAGGAGAAAGGUGUGAUUGACGUGGUGCAGAAGAACAUUUCUUCCUCGAUCGAUGAACUGAACUGGCACUGGUACCCCAGCCUGCUGUUGUUGGUCAUCGUGUAUGUCUACGCUCAUUAUCUUUUUGCAUCAAACAUCGCGCACGUGGCAGCUCUCUACACAUCCUUCCUGGCGGUGAUGAUAAGUGUGGGCAGCCCCCCUUUGCUGGCAUCCCUCGUUUUGAGCUACUUUUCAAACAUGAUGGGGGCAAUUUCCCACUACGGGAUGACACAUGGACCGCUGUUUUUUGGCCAGGGCUACGUUCCCCUAUCGGUUUUCCUUGGAAUUGGGCUCUUGGUGAGUGUCGUUAAUUUCGUGGUGUGGAUGGGGGUGGGUUCGUUGUGGUGGUGGGUCCUUGGCUACAUGUAG